AUGGCACCGACGAAGUAUGUUGAUCGCCCUGUGCCGACAAUCUCCCUCCGCGACUUCGAUGCGCGCAUCGAUGUGAUUACACAGGAACUUGUCGAUGCUGCAGAGAACCACGGCUUCUUCUGCAUUGUGGACCACGGCAUAACACGCGACGCUGUUGACGGCAUAUUCAAUCAGUCAGCGCGUUUCUUCAACCAGCCCGAUCGCGUGAAAUCGCAAGUGCCAUUCUCCCCUCAACACAACGCCGGAUGGGAGAAGAAUGCUCAAAUCCGGCCAUCUACUGGUGCAGUCGACCGCAAAGAGUCUUAUCAGAUGCAAUUUGGCGAAGGCAUGAAUGGUCGAUGGCUGAGUGACCAGACCCUUCCGGGGUUCCGAGCGGAGGCUUUGGAGUUCAUGCACAGAGUACAGGCAGUCAGCGAGAGGCUCAUGAGGUGCUUCGCGCGAGGGUUGAACUUUGCGGAAGAUUACUUUGUCAAAGCUCACGAUGUCAGCCGACCAGAGUCUCAGACUGUCUGCCGAUUACUACAUUACUUUGAGACUCCACAGGUGCCAGAUCCAACAGGAGAGGUGCAUCAUCGAGCAGGCGCACACGCCGAUUGGGAUUUCUUGACUCUGCUGUUCCAGAAAGUAGGGCAGUCUGGUCUUGAGAUCUGUCCGGGGCGGGAAGUAUCCACUUCGUUCGGAUACGGGGAUGCGUGGACCAAGGUCGAGCCGGACGCAGACAAGAACGCAAUCGUCUGCAAUGUCGGUGACCUCCUUAUGUCGUGGUCUGACGACCGCUUCAAGUCGACCUUUCAUCGUGUCAAGGCUCCAUGUGAGCCUGAUGACUUCUACGGCGAGCGCUACAGUAUCGCCUUCUUCAAUCAGCCAUGCAAAGACGCCAAGAUCCAGGGUCCACUGAAGAAGUAUCCAAUGGUGACGGGUGAUGAGUUUACGAGGAAUGCCAUGAGCCGGAACUAUCAGGCUAUACAAGAUAAACUAAAGAAGGAGAAGGAGCCGGCGGUAGCGGUUGUCGAAGUGAGCGCGACGGUAGCUGAGCCUUCUAUUCUUGAAACCAAGUUCGACCGUCUAAACCCCACAAGCAACACGACAAGCACAAUACCAAUGGUUCCAGCGACUCUGCCCUUGGCAGAUCCUUCGCCCAUCGAGAAGCUGCCCGCCGAGUUACUAGAGUGCAUACUGCUGGAAGUUGCGAAGCAUGCUGUACCGCCAGUUACCGAAGACGAAGACGGUGAAUCUGUUGUCUAUCGAUACGCCAAGGAAGAGGAGCAAGCGUCCUGCGCUGAAGUGCCCCCGGGGUACCCACUCGAUCAUGGGGCAAUGCCGAUGCGGAUGGAGCAGGCAGAGUGGGAUCAACUACGCCAAGACUCCUACUCAGAUCUACUUCAAAUCAAAUUGGCUGAAGAAUCUUGGUACCCCCGCAUCUGGAAGCAGAAGGGCUACGGAUCUCCAAUGACGGGUAGCGGCAUUCCUACUUCCGCAUCGCCUCCACGUCUUGCUAGAGCCUCCACCUCUAUGAGUAUCAUCCAGGAGGCCGGGAUGAGGGCCCUUCAAGAGGUCUUGGCCCAGGCUUUGUUCUGCUUCAAGAACAUCGACAAUAUCGAAUUCUGCCACCAGCCUCGUACCCGACCCGGGCGAUAUCAUAACCUAUUCCAGAAGUUUCGAAAUAUCCCACGCUACCGCGAAGAAGAGGAUAUGAGAAAUGCUGGUAAUAUAGCUCAUCUUGGCCUUCAAAUUCUCAUUCAAGCCAUGGUAGCAUCGAAGAUCACAGUCCGCACGAUGACUCUGGCCGUCGAUCUCGAUGAACAUCACGCGUUCAUCACCAACAUCCCCUCUGUAAUCUUCGCGAAAGCCAGUCAAAAGGUAGAAACGCUUGUUCUAAGAGACAUGUACUGCCCCUACUACCAAACACCAUUACAUAGAAAGAAGGGUAAAGCUCGGUGCAUAUCAUUCGAGAGCCCGGCAGAUCGUGAAUACCGCUCCGCGUUGGAGUCCGUGCGCAAUCUCCACGUUGAGACACUAGAGAUUGAGCAUCGUUACAGGAAGGAGUUUAUUUGGAAGUCGAUCAACGGCGAAGAAGCGGGUGACAACUCAGAAGAUCCAGAGCUAUUGUAUCUUGAGGAGUUCCCGGAAAAUCUUGCGAAAACAGUCAAAUUGCACCCGCCUUCGUUCAAAGUUGCACUAGAGCGAUACUGGCUCAAACAUCCUGAAAAACAGUCAGGUGGCGAUGAGUGA